AAAUGAGUUCAGCCCAUGUCUGCCUGACCCAUCCUGGGACUGAGAAGAUUACCAGGGUAUCCAGUUUCCAAACCAGGUGUCAUAUCUAAGUUGGAACAAGGAGAAGAGCCAUGGAUCAUGAAGAGAGACGUAUCAAAUUGGAUCUAUCCAGUUAGAAGUGGAGCCUGAAGAUGUGACUGAGGUGCUACAAUCUCAUGAUAAAACUGUAACGGAUGAGGAGUUGCUUCUUAUGAAUGAGCAAAGAAAGUGGUUUCUUGAGAUGGAAUCUACUCCUGGUGAGGAUGUUGUGAAGAUUGUUGAAAUGAAAACAAAGGAUUUAGAAUGUUACUUAAACUUAGUUGAUAAAGCAGCGGCAGGGUUUGAGAGGAUUAACUGCAAUUUUGAAAGAAGUUCUGUGGGUAAAAUGCUAUCAAAGAGCAUUGCAUGCUACAGAGAAAUCGUACGUGAAGGAAGAGUCAAUUAAUGUGGCAAACUUCACUGUUGUCUUAUUUUAAGAAAUUGCCACUGUCACCCCGACCUCCAGCAGCCGCCACUGAUCAGUCAGCAGCCAUCAACAUUGAGGCAAGACUCUCCAUCAACAAAAACCCAGCCUCCGAAUAAACCGAAUUCCUCUGCUUGUACGGAACUGGACGGCCUCUCAAGAUGGCGGCUCCCACUGAGACACAGCGCAUGGGAGCGGCCAUAUUGCCUCCUGAACAAAGCCGCCCAGGGUGCGGAGUGGGCAAAGCUGCCCGGUACCGAACAGCGCAGGCCCGGGAGCCCAGUGCUUUGCUCACCCAGACAGGAAGCGGGAGAGUUCGCCGCUAUGGAUGUGACAGCUGUCCCGGGUUAAGCCGUGACGGGCGUUUCUAGAUCUGAUAACGGAACUGCAGGUCAGAAGGCGGACAUGUGUGGUGAUGAAUCUAUUUUGACAAAGCCUGGAAUACCCCAUAUAAAACUGUCUGUCUAUCAUGGGAGCACCCACUUCCUCUGAACCAGUUAAGUCUUACCUACCUGAUUCCUUCUGGGACUGAGAAGGAUUUCCCAGGCAUCUACCUUUUUAGAAGAGAGCAGAAAAUGAUGAAGUCCCAGGGGUUAGUAUCAUUCAAGGAUGUGGCUGUGGAUUUCACCCAGGAGGAGUGGCAGCAACUGGACCCUGCUCAGAAGACCCUGUACAGGGAUGUGAUGCUGGAGAACUACAGCCACCUGGUCUCAAUGGGGCAUCCAGUUUCCAAACCAGAUGUCAUCUCCAAGUUGGAACAAGGAGAAGAUCCAUGGAUCGUAAAGAGAGACAUACCAAAUUGGAUCUAUCCAUAUGAAGAUCAGGCAGAUGGGCGACAAGACAGGAAAAGUAACCUUGACAACACCCAAUCAUGUAUUUUGGGGUCUGUUUCCUUGCAUAAUAAGAUACUGAAAGGAGUCACAAAGGAUGGUUCAUUUUACUCCAUUUUAAAAGUCUGUCAAGGUGAUGGCCACCUGCAGAGAUGUCAGAAAAACAGACUUUUCAGGCAAGUAACAGUCAUCAACAACAAAACAAUGACUGUGGAGUCAGACCACAAAUAUAAUGCAUUGGGGAAAAUAUUUCAAGAAUGCAUAGGGUCAGAUACAUCAAGACAAAGACCCCAUAACUGUGAUGCAUUUAAAAAUAACUUGAAAUCUAGUAUUGACCUACCUAGUUGUAAUAAGAGCAAUUCAGGAAAAAACCCUGAUGAGAGUUUUGGAUGUGGAAAAUCAUCCAUCCAUGGUGUGUCCAAUCCUGAUCUUGAGAAAAUUCACAAUCGAGUAAUUCCCUGUGAUGAUAAUGAGUGUGGAAACAUUUUCAGCAAGAAACAAUCCCUUAUUCAGUAUCAGAAUGUUGAAACUAAGGAGAAAACCUGUGUAUGUAUUACAUGUGGAAAAGCCUUUGCUAAGAAGUCACAGCUCAUUGUACAUCAACGAAUUCAUACUGGGAAGAAACCAUACAAUUGUGGUGCAUGUGGGAAAGCCUUCAGUGAGAAGUUUCACCUCAUUGUACAUCAAAGAAUUCAUACUGGGGAGAAACCUUACGAAUGUUCUGAAUGUGGAAAAGCCUUCUCUCAAAAAUCAUCCCUCAUUAUACAUCAAAGAGUUCAUACUGGGGAAAAACCAUAUGAAUGUAGUGACUGUGGGAAAGCCUUCUCCCAGAAAUCACCCCUCAUUAUACAUCAGAGAAUUCACACUGGAGAGAAACCUUAUGAAUGUAGAGAGUGUGGUAAGGCCUUCUCCCAGAAGUCACAGCUGAUUAUACAUCAUAGAGCUCAUACUGGAGAGAAGCCCUAUGAGUGUACUGAAUGUGGAAAAGCCUUCUGUGAGAAGUCCCACCUCAUCAUACAUAAAAGGAUUCACACUGGGGAGAAACCCUACAAAUGUGCUCAAUGUGAGGAAGCCUUCAGCAGGAAGACAGAACUCAUUACACACCAGUUAAUUCAUACUGGGGAGAAACCUUACGAAUGUACUGCAUGUGGGAAGACUUUCUCCCGGAAGUCACAGCUCAUUAUACAUCAGAGAACGCAUACUGGAGAAAAACCCUAUAAAUGCAGUGAAUGUGGAAAAGCUUUCUGUCAGAAAUCACAUCUCAUUGGACAUCAGAGGAUUCACACAGGAGAAAAACCUUAUGUUUGUACUGAAUGUGGGAAAGCCUUCUCUCAAAAGUCUCACCUCCCAGGGCAUCAGCGGAUUCAUACAGGAGAGAAACCUUAUAUAUGUGCUGAAUGUGGAAAGGCAUUUUCUCAGAAGUCAGACCUUGUUUUACAUCAGAGAAUUCAUACUGGGGAAAGACCUUAUCGGUGUGCUGUAUGUGGAAAAGCCUUCAUCCAGAAAUCACAACUCACUGUACAUCAGAGAAUUCACAGCAGUGGUAAAAUCAUAAUGAACUAAAAACACAGACAAGCUUUCAGUAUUAGCUCAAGCCUUAAUAAACAACAGAAACCUGAUUAAUUUGAUAAAUUUGUGGACAACAUCUUUAUAGAGAAAAUUUUACAAGAGAAUUUGUGUCUGUAGUGUGGUGAUACCUAACUCAGCAAAGAUGAUGGGAAAUAAUUACAUAAAUGAAGGACAUUUCACCAUGGCAUGUAAAGCUUUUAAAGUCAUGAACUGAAUGGUCAGUAGAACAAAUUAUGUAUAUAGAAUAUUGUCAAAUUACAUAUUCCUUAUUAUACCAUAACAAUAAACACAUUGUGAAAUU